AUGGCAGACACGCCAGUAGACCAGGCUGAUCUGGGCAAGGUCUUCUCGCCAGAUGCUGCGGUGGUGCAUCAUGAGGAUAUCACCGCAGACCGGGAGCCGUAUGGCCCGCCGGGACUGCGUGGGCUGAUCAGUAACCCAUUUGUGCUGAUGUGUGCUGCUUGUUCCACAUUGGGUGGUUUGGUCUUUGGUUAUGACCAGGGUGUUGUCUCGGUCAUCCUGGUGAUGGACCAGUUUCUGGACGAGUUCCCGCGGGUCGGGGGUUCUGGGGCUGGCUUCUGGAAGGGACUUUUGACUGCGAUGAUUGAGCUGGGUGCACUGCUGGGUGCUUUGAAUCAGGGCUGGAUCGCCGAUAAGAUCUCCCGUCGGUAUUCUAUCUUGGUGGCUGUUGUGAUCUUCACGAUUGGCUCGAUUCUUCAGACUGCCGCGUUUGGAUACCCCAUGCUAGUGGUGGCUCGGUUGAUAGGAGGUUUGGGAAUCGGCAUGCUAUCCAUGGUGGCUCCUCUGUAUAUUGCUGAAAUCAGUCCCCCAGAAUGUCGUGGAACAUUGCUUGUCCUCGAAGAAUUCUGCAUCGUGCUCGGCAUCGUGAUCGCCUACUGGAUCACCUUCGGAACACGAUACAUGGCCGGUGAAUGGUCCUGGCGUCUACCCUUCCUCCUGCAGAUGAUCCCCGGAUUCAUCCUCGCCGCUGGUGUGAUAAUCCUCCCCUUCUCACCACGAUGGCUCGCCUCAAAAGGCCGCAACGAGGAAGCACUCCAAAGCUUGGCCAAACUACGUAGCUUGCCAACCUCUGACAGACGCGUGCGCCAGGAGUACAUGGACAUCCUAGUCGAGGUCCGUUUCCACCAGGAAAUGAAUGCCGAAAAGCAUCCGAACCUGCAGGGUGGAAGCACCAAAGACUCCAUCCGAUUGGAGGUGGCUUCUUGGGCAGAUGUCUUCAAGAGUGGCUGUUGGCGCCGAACUCAUAUCGGUGUUGGCAUCAUGUUCUUCCAGCAGUUUGUUGGCAUUAAUGCACUGAUUUACUACUCACCCAGUUUGUUCAAAACGAUGGGCUUCGAUACCAACAUGCAGCUCAUCAUGUCUGGAGUUCUGAAUGUGCUGCAGCUAGUGGGUGUGACGACUAGUGUCUGGACAAUGGAUACUCUCGGUCGUCGGAAGCUUUUGCUCGGCGGAUCCGUUCUCAUGGCCAUCUCACACAUCGUCAUUGCCAUCCUAGUCGGUCGAUUCGGCUCCAACUGGGAAGGCCACCGGACGGAAGGAUGGGUCAGCGCAGCAUUCUUAUUAUUCUACAUGGUAGCUUUCGGCGCCACAUGGGGCCCUGUCCCCUGGGCAGUGCCAUCCGAAAUCUUCCCAUCCUCCCUCCGAGCAAAGGGUGUCGCCAUCUCCACCUGUUCAAAUUGGCUGAAUAACUUCAUUAUUGGUCUUAUUACCCCACCUUUGGUCGAAGACACGGGCUACGGCGCCUAUGUGUUUUUUGCUGUAUUCUGUGUGCUCUCGGGUGUUUGGACCUUUUUCUUUAUGCCCGAGACUAUGGGUCGCACACUUGAGCAGAUGGACCAUGUGUUCAAGGAUAAUUCUAGUGAGCAUGAGCGGGAACGUAGACAUGUUAUUGAGGCUAGUGUGUUGGCUGAACGGGAAUAUGCUUGA